AAUAGAUACCUCUUCUGUAUCGAAAUUGAAUCCGAAGCUUGGAAGUUAAGAAAAUUUGUUUUUUGAAUACGUUUUCUGAACGGUUUUCUGGGUUUUGCUGCAAUUUAUGAAAGUUGAAGAGGGUUGUCUUUUGAUUCUGACCAUGUUACUUGUCUGUGGUGGUUUUGAUUUGAUUUGGUGACUAAAUUAAUUGGUGGGAGACAUCAGGUAUUGCUGCUGCAAUGGCGAACGGGAAUGGCAAUGGUGAUGGGAAUGCGAAUGGGAUUGAGAGCGGUGAAACUGUGGUGUCUUCCAUCAGGGCUGGAAUGAAAAGGGAGUUUGCCAUGAUGAUGAAGGCACAAGCUGAAUGCGGGAUUAUUCUGGGGAAGAGAAGAGUUACCAGGUCUCAGAAUAGCCCUUUGAUUAGCAAGUCAGACGGGAACAUUGAUAAGCAUAAUAUCAACAAGAAGAAUAAGAAAGAGGAAAAAAAGGAAGUAGCUGAAGAGGAGAAGAAGGUGGAGUUGGUAGUCGUUGAGGAAGAGGAGGUUAAAAGUGAUAUUCUGGAUGGAAACAGUGAUGACGAGAAGAAAAAGAACAUGGUACAGGAUGAAUUGGAGAAAGAAGGGAGUGAUAUGGGAAAAGUCUUGGGUGAGGAAGGGGAGAAUGAGGGUGCUAUGACUAAGGAACCUAAGGAUGGGACCGUGGAAUCUGUGAAUGAAGACUCGGUGGAGAUAGCAGAGGAGGAAAAUGUCAAGGUGGAUUCCUCUUGUGCUGCUGAAGUAGUUGGCAUUGCAAUGGAUGUCGAAACUGAAGCUGCAGUCAAGGCGGAUUCCCCUUAUGCUGCUGAAGUAGUCGGCAUUGCGAUGGAUGUCCAAACUGGAGCUGCAGCCAAAAUGGCAGCACCUGUGGCAAAGACUUAUUUCAGGCGGUUCACUAAGUCGGGAUUGAAACCGAAGGCGGAGGCUCUUGGCCCGAAGACGGAGGAGGGGCCUAUGGCCCCGAGGGUGGAAGAGGCUCUGGAGGUUGUGGAGCCACCGCAAGUGGAGGCAGAGAAGCCGACAGAAAAUGUUCUGCCUACCACGUCCAAGCUCGAAAUUAAGAUGUCUAAGAAGACGCCAACGAAACUGAAAGAGCUUCUUGAGACCGGUUUCCUAGAGGGAUUACGUGUGCGUUACAUCCGUGGCUCAAGGGGGAGUAAAGCGGGUGGAACAUGUCUUGGCGGUGUUAUUAAGCGGUCUGGAGUGUUGUGCUACUGUCGAGACUGCAAUGGGAGCCAAGUUGUGACGCCUAAUCAAUUUGAGUUGCAUGCCGGAAGUGGAAAUAAGCGCCCGCCAGAGUACAUAUACUUGGAGAAUGGGAAAUCCCUUCGAGACAUACUGAAUAUCUGCAAGGACGCACCUGCUGAAUCCUUGGAGCUCGCCGUUCAGAGUGCAAUUGGUCAGGCGAGACCUACCUUUUGCCUGGGCUGCAAAGCAUUUAUGCAUCAAGCUGCCCCUGAUGGACCUAUGCUUUGUGCAUCUUGCGUUGCUUUGAGAGUAUCAGAAAACAAGACCACUGAGUUAACUGAUACAAAUUCCAGGCCCUCAUUACCUGUCUCCAAUACAAAGUCAGCUUCUAAAACAUCCUCAAGUGGUCGUCCUCGAAAUACGACCCAAGGAAGACUCACUAGAAAGGAUUUGCGACUGCACAAGUUGGUCUUUGGGCAAGCUGGUCCUGCUGAUGGUACUCCAUUAAGCUACUAUGCGAAGGGGAAGCUUCUGGGUUCAGGCUAUAAGUCAGGAAGUGGGAUCUUCUGCUACUGUUGCAAUCGAGUGGUCAGUCCUUCACAGUUUGAGGCUCAUGCUGGUUGUGCUUCUCGCCGUAAGCCUUACCUCCAAAUUUACACACCUGAUGGGGUAUCCCUCCACGAGUGGUCUCUAGCAAUUAAAAAAAACAUACAGUUAUCUACAGAUGACAGUGAUGAUGUCUGUUCAAUUUGCCAAGGCAUGGGGGAGCUUUUGUGCUGUGACAUGUGCCCUAGAGCUUUUCACAAAGAGUGUGUUAAUCUUCCAAGCAUCCCCAAGGAUAAUUGGUACUGUAGAUAUUGUUUGAAUAUGAUUGAAAAGGAGAAAUUUGUGGAGCACAAUGCCAAUGCAGUAGCUGCUGGAAGGGUUGCUGGGAUCGAUCCAGUGGAGGAAGUAAAAAAGCGAUGUGUCCGUAUUGUUGGAGUUUUGGAGCCAGAAGUUGGUGGAUGCGUCCUUUGCAGGGGUCAUGAUUUCAGCAGUUCAGAUUUCGGUCCUCGUACAGUUAUUCUCUGCGAUCAGUGUGAAAAGGAGUACCAUGUUGGAUGUUUGAAGGAGCAUGGACUGGAUGACCUAAAGGAGUUGCCUAACGAGAAUUGGUUCUGUUCCAAAGAAUGCAGCAGUAUUCAUUCUGCGCUUCAGCAGCUCAUUAGUGAUGGCGAUAAGGAGCUUCCUUAUUUUCUGUUAAGUAUGAUACAGCAGAAAUGUGAAGAUCAGGGUGCAGAGGAUAAAAUUUCAUGGAGACUUCUUCUAGGGAAAGCAGCUUCUGAAGAAAAUAGGAAGUGGUUGUCUGGUGCUGUUUCAGUUUUUCAUGACCGUUUUGAUCCCAUUGGAGAUUCCAACAAAGGCCGUGAUCUCAUCCCUGUCAUGGUCUAUGGGAGAAGCAAUAGAGAUCAAGAUUUUGCAGGGAUGUACUGUGCUGUGCUAACAGUGAACUCUACAGUGGUGUCUGCUGGAAUCUUUCGUGUAUUUGGACAGGACGUGGCAGAAAUCCCACUAGUUGCAACGAGUACUGCCUUUCAAGGCAAGGGAUACUUUCAGUCGCUAUUUUUUUGUAUUGAAAACCUGCUGGCAUCUCUGAAUGUAAGGGACCUGGUGCUUCCCGCUGCCCCUGAAGCAGAAUGCAUUUGGAAGAACAAAUUUGGCUUUCAGAAGAUAACGGCGGAGCAGCUGAAGCAAUUCAAAAAGGACUAUCAGAUGAUGAUAUUCCAAGGAACGACAGUCCUGCAGAGGAGCGUGGCCAGGGUUGGGAUUUCUCCAGACUGAAGAAUGUAUGAUUUUGUGUAAAGACAGUUUUAGUUUAUCAGGGCCCUUUUCUGGGUUUGCGCCAGACGCUUGAUAGUGUAAAUAGUUCAAAGUUGAUUUUGGUAGAUGUACAGAAUGGAGCAGUAUCAAGUCUGCUCCUAUACAGAAACUGUAGUUUGUAUUUGCGUUAGCAAACUUUUUGGUAUAGAAUCGAACAGGGUUGGAAAAAAAAAAAAAAAACUUCAGUGAUGAUGUCUAUAGUCGAUGGGCACAUAGUUUAUAGGUUUAGAUUAUGGAAUCUUUAUAUUUAAAUUGAGAAACAGAGAAAGAUUUCAAAUAGUUCAGAAUUUUGACAGUCAUUUGAUCAUGCUGUAUCAGCUCCAAUUUUGCCAAACCUCUGGAGUUGUAUAUAUCAUAUGAUUUUUGUUCCUGUCGGUCAA